AUGGAUUUUAAUUUUCAGCUAUUAAUAACGACCAUCACAACCAUCACCGCCGUCACCGUUUUCAUAAUUUGCGGGAUCAAAUUACGGUGGUUCAACCCCGACAAUCGCCUACCGCCGCCGUUCACGGUGGAAGAAAACUACAGCGAAGAGAAUUGCUGCGUCGUUUGCCUGAACGAUGUUGUCGGCGGUGAGGAUUGCCGGAAACUACCGAAAUGCGGCCAUGUUUUUCACGUCGAGUGUGUGGACACGUGGCUAGAGCGCAAUUGGACGUGCCCAAUUUGCAGAAGGCAAGUUACUGAUGAUCUACCUAAGAAACAAGGUGAAAAUACCGUUUUGUCCUAUCUUAUUACCCGGAGUGAAGAUUUUAUGGUCAAGUUUUUUAGUCCUUUUACAGAAGAACUCAUGAUGACUUUGAUCGAAAGCGUAAUUUUGCCCCGAACUUGA